CGAAGCUGGGACUAUUUAUGCGUUGAUCUCGCCGCAAUUUGCGCUCACUUCUGGUCCGCUUUAGAUACUGAUCUUUUGUUAUGAAGUACGAUAUGUAGUGGAGACUUGGUCAUUCAAAACAACUCGAAAAAUUCGCGACGAUGCAGAGCACCAGACGCGUCUUGUUCAAUCCUACGAGUGUGCCUGGUUUAAGGCCUCCAAGGUUGCAGACUCGAGACUUUUACAAUGCUGGAAAUAGUCCAAAGACAGGUCCAAGGGCUAUAAAGGUUGAGAGUGCUGGCAUAUGGCGAGGAGUGAGGAGGGCGAGCACGGAAACUGGAGAAGGCAAAAGUGGACAUAUAUCUGCAGGUCCAAAUGAAGGCAUUCUCUUUUUUGAAAACCUCUUUCCUCUAGUUAAGAAUUGGCUCCUUCGAUUACCAUGGCAUAACGAUCGAAGUCUGCCAGAGCUUUUAUGGAGGUUCAACAAUCAAAAGCUCUCCUCAUAUCACCCUCUCACUUUGGUCAAACGCGCCCUCCCUUCAAGCGUCCCUAUAAAGGUCACGGAAAUAUUGCCGCGGUUUAAAGACGGGGGUGCAUUUGUCAAAUUUUCUCAUCCCGAUGGAAUUUCAGCAAAAGAAAUAGAAGGCCUUGUCUCUCGAUAUCUGGAAGAAAAUCCCAUAAAGCCAUGGUUCUCGCCGUUUCAAAGAAUUAGGACUAAUUUAGUUGUUGGCAAGCCCUGGCUCGAGGACUUGUAUCGAUUCCCUAGCACUCGAAUCAAGGUCGAGUUUGUUCCUCCAAGCCCAGGCCUUGAAGCAGCUGAACUGUCUCAAGAAACACUUUAUUCUUUGUUCCGAAAAUAUGGGAAGCUUGCCGAAAUCACCUCUCAACCUGCGGACUCGAAAGUCUUACCCAAAUAUGCAUAUCUGGACUUCACCCGAAUGAAGCAUGCCAUCAGGGCCAAGAACUGCUUACAUGGUCUCAAAGUAUCAGAAGAAGCUGGGGGUGGAAAGGCUGGCACAGUGCUACGUCUUUCUUACGAACCGAAAACGAAAUCACAUUGGAUCAGAGACUGGAUUGUCAAUCAUCCGAGAGUUGUCAUUCCGGCCGUGGCAGCGCUGCUCGCUACGUUCACUGUAGCGGUUUUCGAUCCUAUCAGAACCUUCUUCAUCAAGACUCAUAUAGACCGCUCAUUCAAUAUCAGUAACAAUAAAGUCUACAAAUGGUUCAAGAGCCAAGCAACAGAUUUGCUCUCCCUUCGCCUUGGCAAAUCAGAAGCAGUCAAUUUCUCUGCGAUCUGGGACGACAGAAGAUCUAUCAUCGAACAGCUACAAACCUGGUUGAUCGAAACGACCGAGACUUUUAUAAUAGUGCAGGGACCUCGUGGAUCAGGGAAGAAAGAGCUUGUCAUUGAUCAAGCAUUGAAGGGCAGGCCAAAUACAUUGCUUAUUGACUGUAAGCCGAUACAAGAAGCGAGAGGCGAUGCUUCUACUAUCAAGGCUGCGGCUGCAGCUGUUGGAUAUUACCCAGUGUUCUCUUGGAUGAAUUCCAUCAGCAGCAUGAUCGAUCUGGCUGUUCAAGGUACAAUUGGCGUCAAGUCAGGCUUCUCGGAGACGCUCGAUAAACAACUCGCCAAGAUCUGGCAAAAUACUUCAACGGCCCUGAAGCAGGUAGCGCUUCAACAUCGCAAGAAAGAUGACAAAGACAGCCAGUUGAGUGAUGAUGAUUGGCUCGAAGCUCACCCAGAAUGUCGGCCUGUGGUGGUCAUCGACAAUUUCUUGCACAAGAACGAGGAGAGCGGUGUCGUAUAUGAUAAGAUUGGCGAGUGGGCUGCUGGGUUAACAACUUCAAAUAUCGCCCACGUGAUAUUCCUCACCAACGACAUCUCUUACUCCAAGUCUUUGAGCAAGGCUCUACCAGACAGGGUCUUCCGCCAAAUCUCACUUGGGGAUAUCACCCCUGAGGUCGCAAGGAAGUUUGUAAUCAGCCAUUUGGAUCCAGACACCGACAUUCCUGAUUCAGGCAACAAGGAUAAACUGACAACCAGCCAACGUCGCCGAGAUUUGGAGCAGCUGGACGAAUGUAUCCAGGUCCUUGGAGGACGACUCACGGACCUUGAAUUCUUUGCGCGAAGGCUCAAGACAGGCCAGCCCCCCAGGCGUGCAGUAGUGGAGAUCAUAGAUCAGAGUGCAUCCGAAAUUCUCAAGAUGUAUCUGCUCGCCAUCGACAAAGCAGAUCUCAAGUGGUCUACUGAGCAAGCUUGGUUCCUUAUCAAAUCGCUCGCUGAGAAAGAGAGUCUCCGAUACAACGAGGUCCUUCUUUCCAAUACAUUUGCUUCUUCCCUCACCCCAACAGCUUCCAACGGGGAGGCAGUCUUAGAAGCCUUGUCUGCAGCUGAACUCAUCACCAUCAAUAACUACAAGGGACGGCCAAUGAGUAUCAAAGCUGGGAGGCCAGUCUAUCAAGCUGCCUUCAAGCUGUUAACCGAAGACCGCGUGUUAAAGUCCAGGCUUGAUCUAGCAAUCCUCACAGAGCUAACCAAGAUCGAGACCAAGAGCAUCGACAAGUACGAAACAGAACUGAACGCACUCGGCAGUCUACCGAGCCAGCCCCGAGAAGUCUGGCCGAGAGUGCAGUACCUAUUGGAUAAGCUAGCUGUCAGCCAAGGCAAAAUCGAGGCGUGGGAGAAAGAGAUAGGGGUAUUGAAGAAGAUCCUAUCUACGGAGCAGUAG